GUGACUGCAAUAUAAAAUAAAACAAAUAAAUAAAUAAAACAAAAUAAAAUAAGUCACAAAUUGCCAUCUUCAGUCGACCAAUCCACGCUUCCCAUGUGAUGACUAGCAUUACAAAAAAACUGUUUCUGUUCUCCAACAAAACUUUCAAAAAACUCGUCGGAAUUUAACACAAAAAAAACAGCAAUAUUUUUCAAAAAUCGUGAAAGUGAAAACGAGAAGAGUAAAAUAAACCAAACGGCUGUGCAGUGCGUUGUGAUGUGUGAGCUCAGUCAGCAGCUUGUGUCUGCUGGGUGUUUGCUGUGUGUUCAUACAGCCUCGGCCUACUCACUGCCUGCUCAAUGGCCCUCACUCCCACACACAUUUCUGCCUCUUUUUCAGAGUCAAGGGGCGAAGCCAAAUGGCAUGGGAAAGAAAGAGCUAAAACAGCUUAAAUCCAUUUGUCCUUAUAGUAUCUGAAUAGUUUAAUUAUUUUGUUUUCUCCUCAACAGAUAAAAUACUUUUUCUGCGUGACGUUUAUAUAUAUAGGCUAUUGGAGCGCAUUUGGCUGCGCGUAAAAGCAGAGUUAAAAAAAUAAUAAUAAACCAUGGCGAAUAAUGGAUGUGAAGGGAGAGAGAUAGAGAGAGUGAGGACUGGAGGUUCUCUUGUUAUUUAGGCAGAGAGAGGCGCUGCUGUCAGCCUCUUUGCAGGGAGUGAAAGAUUGAUCACCGCACUUUUUACUCCACACUCGGGCCCUCCCCAAAAUAUCCCCUGCUAAACUCCCGAGUUCCUGAUCUUUAUGUCUUAAAAAAAAAUCUACAUGCGCGUCCUGUUGAGUGUGGCCACUCAGCACACUCUCACUUACUAUUAGCGCUCAUAUUAAUGCUGCUGUGUUAUUAUUUUGUUACUAUUAGGGAGGAAACAGGAGGCCUGAGCUCUCCCCUCCUUUUUAAAGUUGCACGUAGCGACCUCGCUGUGAACUCUCUCUCUCUCUCUCUCUCUCUCUCUCUCUCUCUGCGUAAACACACCGAACAUUUUUAACACACAUACAUCACUAGAGAGAGAGAGAGAGAGAAGGUGAGAGAGAACCAUGGACACAUUUUGGAGAAUGUGUGCAGAGGCUAUUUUAGUGAGAUUAUAUUUAGACAUUUAGGUUUCUACCUCUCUGGCAAACACAACAACUAUUACAAAAAAUAUAAUCCCAAACACACAUACAUCACUGGAGAGAGAGAACCAUGAACACAUUUGGAGAGUGUGUGCAUGAGGCUAUUUCAGUGAGAUUAUAUUUAGACAAAAUUUAGGUUUCUAUCUCUCUCGAUAUUAAACACUAUUAAAAAAACAUAAUCCCAAAUACAUGAUAUGAAAAACACAAAAUGGUACACUUACAACAGGCUCCCUCUCUUUCUGCCUCUCUUUUCCAGUUAAAAAUAUAAAUGUCUAUUUCUCUCUGCUCUGUUAGAAGCCAAAUCUGCUUCAUCUCUGGGUAGGAAUCUCCAUCAUCCUCUCCUCCCGAGCUGCUGCUGCCAUCUAAAAACCCUCUCCAAGUUUGUCUAAGUUGGGGAUUUUUCAGCCUCUGUCACACUUUAUAAGAUUAAUGAGCUGAGUGCUGUAAACAGUAUUCUGAAGGAGCCAUAUUGUAAACGGGUGCUGGCCAGCUCCGUUCAACAUAACCGUCAUUACAUCACCCAGAGGACCGCAAAAAUGUCCGAGGGAUGCUCUAUUGUUUGUGCGUAACACCGGGUUGAGAUGCGCCCACACGGCGCACAUGGCGAGUGGCAGCCUUGUCUCUCUUUUUUUUUUUUCUCCCCAGACUUUUUACCCCCCGUUAACACUAAACAAUAGCAGCUAUCCUGUCAUAUAGCCACAGCAUUUGGUGGAAAAAUAAUAAUGCUGCUUCCCACAGCCAUCGCUGCCUGCCAGGCCCGGACACCGGAUUGGCUGAUUUGGGUCACAUGACCAGGAAUUGGCUGCAAUUUCGCCCCAUAGUUCUUCAGUUUAGCCUACCCAGGUCCCCAUACGCUAGUAAUAUCACCAAUAUACACUAUUUAUUAUAUAGCCACCGCAUUUACUACGCCAUUGCGGGUCGGGAGACUACACAUGCUUUGUGCGUUUUUUUCAUUUUUUUUUUUAAAAGAAGCCAUAUUGUGUUGCGUGCGUGUGCGAGCGUGCGUGUGCCUAUGUGUUUUUUUUUUUUUUUUUUGUAUUAUUUUUGGGGAAGGGAUUGUUCCGGGGGUCUCGCAGCACGUUUUAAGGUUGAAGCCGGUUUUUUUGAGGGGAGCUAUGAAUUUUGAAUUUGAGAGGGAGAUCGGUUUUAUCAACAGCCAGCCGUCUCUAGCAGAGUGCCUGACGUCCUUCCCCGCCGUCCUGGAGUCAUUUCAAACUUCAUCAAUCAAGGAGUCGACAGUAAUUCCGCCUCCCUUCGAGCACACCAUCCCCAGCCUCAGCCCCUGCACAGCCAGCCAGCCGAGACCGGCUGCUAGGAGCCAGCAGAACCGGAGAACCUCCGUCACCAAUGGCCUCCAGACGCACCACCGAGGCGCCCAGCAGCCCUGCCCGGCCGGCCAGACACCUGGACCGGCCACGGCCACCCCGGCCGGUCCGCUGGCCCACGAGUUCCCCUGGAUGAAAGAGAAGAAGUCAUCAAAGAAAUGCUCAAAGCCUGGGAGCAGCUCCAACGGUGGCGGAUCCAUCAUCCCUCCUGCCUCGUCCUCACCGUCGCCGACCGCCUCCGGGUACGCUUCGGCGGGCAUCGAGUCACCCACAGACCCGAGCCAGGCGGGUCUGGAUUGUGGAGGAGCCGGGUCCCGCCGGCUUCGCACCGCCUACACCAACACGCAGCUGCUGGAGCUGGAGAAGGAGUUCCACUUCAACAAGUACCUCUGCCGGCCCAGGAGGGUGGAGAUCGCCGCCCUCCUGGAUCUGACCGAGCGGCAGGUGAAAGUCUGGUUCCAGAACCGACGGAUGAAACACAAGCGCCAGACUACGCACGGUGGUGGCGGUGGCGGAGGACUAGGAGGCCACGAAUCCAGCGACCCGGGCGGGUUUGAGCCGCUCGAAGGCGCCGAUGCCUCGUCGCCGUACUCGAGCCAGCCGCUGGAAGCAUCUGGCACCGGGGAGGCGACGUCGGACGGCGAGCCCGGGAGCUGUAAUCCAUCUUCGGCCUCCGCCUACGCUACUGACAGCGGGGACAAUGCACAACCCACGCCGGAGAAGGGAGGCCGAUUGAGCCGUGCCGAACGCCCACCGUUGCCAGCGGUAUCUGGCUCCUCUGGCGCGGCUGCUGCGGCGCACCACUCUCCACCGGCUUUCACCGCGACGGACUCCGCUGAGAACCUGGCCCUGAUGCAGCUCAGCGAGGCCGUGAACGCACCAGCAGCAGCAGCAGCAUCCGAUCCGUCGUUGGACUCCUCCAUCACCUCGGCUCUUCCUCCUCCUGCCGCCUCCUCAUCGUCUACCGCGCUCCCGGACCUGACCUUCUUCGCCGGAGACGCGUGUCUCUCACCCAGCCUGCAGAGCUCCCUGGAUAGUCCGGUGGAUUUCUCCGAGGAGGACUUUGACUUGUUCACAAGCACACUGUGCACCAUAGACCUGCAGCACCUCAACUUCUGAGGCCAGUUUAAAUAGAAAAUAAAUAAAAAAGGAGUGGACUGCGAGGCCUAUACAUGUGGAUGAACAAUCUGAGGAGGAGACGCACGGAGAGGACUCUUCUGUUGUUGUUUAAAAAGCGUAAAAAGCUUCUCGGCAACAUUCCUGAAACAUUUCUGAAUGAAAAUCAUGUUCGUUUUUAAAUAUAUUUUUUUCGUCUUCUUGCUGGUUUUAUUUUGAGGCUAUAAUAUACCUAGUUUACGACAGAUCAUUUUUAUUAUUUUAUUUUUAUUUUAAACAUCGAAGGGAAUUUUUUUCCACGAUCGAAACGUUGUGGAUUUUUUUUCUCCACAUGUUCAGGUAUUUAUUGCCUUUCUUGUUUUUUUUUUGUUCUUUUUAAAAUGAUUAACUUCCAUCAGUAUGUGUGGAUAGCGCAUUCUGGUGCAGCUUCAUAAUAACUUCUCAGGAACUGUUCGCGGAGUCUCGAGGCGCAGAUAUAGCUGCUGGACUGAAGGAUGAAUUCAUUCUCUCUCUCUGAACGAGACCAGACGAGAGGGAAGAAGCCCUGCUGACGACCCGAGUUUUAGACCCUAGUUUAUUUAUUGAGAUUCUUUAAUAGUGAAAAUCCAAAUUAUUUAUUGUACAUAUAUUUUCAUAGUGGAAUAAUAAUAAUAAUAAUAAAAAAACACACAAACAUUUA